GCUCCGCGGGUGCGGGGCUGCGCGGGCAGCGGCAGAAGCGGCGGCAGCGGCGGCAGCAGGGUUUGCCCGGGCUGGCCGAGCAUCCUCCGACUUGGAACUGUCCACCGGCGAGAGCUCCUGAACAUGAGCCUCCUGCCUCUCUACCUGCUCGGAUUGCUCCUCAGUAGCGGGCAAGCUUUACUUCAAGUAACAAUUUCACUUAGCAAAGUUGAGCUCAGUGUGGGUGAAUCCAAGUUCUUCACAUGCACAGCCAUUGGUGAGCCUGAGAACAUAGAUUGGUACAACCCCCAAGGAGAGAAGAUUGUUUCCAGUCAGAGGGUGGUUGUUCAGAAGGAAGGUGUCCGCUCACGCCUCACCAUUUAUAACGCAAACAUAGAAGAUGCUGGUAUAUACCGGUGCCAAGCAACAGAUGCUAAAGGACAAACUCAAGAAGCUACUGUGGUUUUGGAGAUUUAUCAAAAGCUCACUUUUCGGGACAUAGUGUCUCCACAAGAGUUCAGGCAGGGAGAAGAUGCAGAAGUUGUUUGCCGUGUUACAAGUUCACCUGCUCCCGUUGUCAGCUGGUUGUAUCGGAAUGAGGAAGUCACAACUAUUGCUGACAAUCGAUUUGCGAUAUUAGCAAACAAUAAUCUCCAAAUUCUUAAGAUCAAUAAAAGUGAUGAAGGAGUUUACAGAUGUGAAGGAAGAGUGGAAGCAAGAGGAGAAAUUGACUUUCGGGACAUAAUUGUUAUUGUGAACGUCCCCCCUACAAUCAUUCUACUGCAGAAAUCCUUCAAUGCCACGGCAGAUCGAGGAGAGGCAAUAACCCUGUUCUGCAGAGCCACUGGAUCACCUCCCCCUGAGAUCACUUGGUACAGGAAUGGUAAACUUAUUGAAGAAAAUGAAAAAUAUGUGCUGAGAGGAAGCAAUACACAACUAACAAUAAGAGACAUAAAAAAUAUCGAUGCGGGUCCUUAUAUCUGUAAUGCUAAAAACAAGGCAGGAAAUGACAAAAAACAGACAGUCCUUCAAGUUUUUGUGCAGCCUCAAAUAAUACAACUUAAAAAUGAAACCACAUUUGAGAAUGGGAAAGCAACCCUCAUCUGUGAAGCAGAAGGCGAACCUGUUCCAGAGAUUACUUGGAAAAGGGCCAUUGAUGGAAUGACUUUCUCUGAAGGUGACAAGAGCCCAGAUGGCCGUAUAGAAGUCAAAGGGCAGCAUGGAAAGUCGUCACUGCAUAUUAAAGAUGUGAAGUUGUCAGAUUCAGGGAGAUAUGACUGUGAAGCGGCAAGUAGAAUUGGUGGGCACCAAAAGAGCAUGUACCUUGAUAUUGAAUAUGCUCCAACAUUCCUGUCCAAUCAAACCAUGUAUUACUCUUGGGAAGGCAAUCCCAUCAAUAUAAGCUGUGAAGUGCUGGCAAAUCCAUCUGCCUCAGUUCAGUGGAAAAGAGGAAAAUUAGUUUUACCUGUAAAAAAUACAACUCAUUUGAAGACCUACAGUACAGGAAGAAAGCUGAUUCUGGAGAUUGCUCCCACAUCUGACAGUGAUUUUGGACGAUAUAAUUGUACAGCCACAAACAGAAUAGGAACAAGAUAUCAAGAGUAUACACUUGGGCAAGCUGAUGUGCCAUCAAAUCCGUACGGAGUACGAGUUUUAGAGCUGUCCCAAACCACUGCCAAGGUUUCCUUCAACAAGCCAGACUCACAUGGAGGUGUGCCCAUCCACCACUACCAAGUGGAUGUGAAAGAGGUAGCCUCGGAAACCUGGAAAAUAGUUCGCUCCCAUGGAGUUCAAACUAUGGUUGUUCUGAGCAAUUUGGAACCAAAUACAACCUAUGAAAUCAAAGUAGCUGCUGUAAAUGGAAAAGGGCAAGGAGAGUACAGCAAAAUUGAGAUCUUUCAGACCUUACCUGUCCGGGAGCCAAGUCCCCCUUCAAUUCAUGGACAACCAGAGAGUGGCAAGAGUUUUAAACUUAGCAUAACUAAGCAAGAUGAUGGAGGUGCCCCCAUACUGGAAUAUAUUGUCAAAUACAGAAGUAAAGAUAAGGAAGACCAGUGGCUAGAGAAAAAAGUUCAGGGUAGUAGAGACCACAUCAUCCUGGAGCAUCUUCAGUGGACCAUGGGUUAUGAAGUACAAAUUACAGCUGCCAACAGACUGGGUUAUUCUGAACCAACAUUGUAUGAAUUCAGCAUGCCACCAAAGCCCAACAUUAUUACAGACACUCUUUUUAACGGUCUUGGACUUGGUGCUGUCAUUGGCCUGGGAGUGGCAGCGCUUUUGUUAAUCCUGGUUGUGACUGAUGUUAGCUGCUUCUUUGUACGACAAUGUGGAUUGCUCAUGUGCAUCACCAGGAGAAUCUGUGGGAAGAAGAGUGGUUCAAGUGGGAAAAGUAAAGAACUGGAAGAAGGAAAAGCUGCUUACUUGAAAGAUGGAUCAAAAGAGCCAAUAGUGGAAAUGAGAACAGAGGAUGAAAGAAUUACCAGCCAUGAAGAUGGGAGUCCGGUAAAUGAGCCAAAUGAGACAACUCCCCUCACAGAACCAGAGAAGCUGCCACUAAAGGAGGAAAAUGGCAAAGAAGCUUUAAAUCCAGAAACCAUAGAAAUCAAAGUUGCUAAUGACAUCAUCCAGUCAAAAGAAGAUGAUAGCAAAGCAUAAUAAGAUAAACUACAGCUGUCUGGAUAAUGCAUUUGGAUUGAAGUAAUCCUGUGACCAAAACUUUACAGCUGACCUUAAUUUCUUGGGAAACUUAAGCUUGGAAUAGUUAGUACAUGUGUACAUAUGAUGAAACAGUUCCUGUCUACAGUUCUUUUCUAUAUUUUUUUUGUUUGUUUGUUAAUGGUUUUAGUAUGCAGUUUUGCUGACACCAAGUCCCAUGCUAUAAAUCUGAACAAUCUGCAGAAUAAGAACUGUAAUUUAUUAUAUGAAAAAGAGUGUCUACUUAGAAGAAAAAUUCUGAAGCACUCCUAACCACAAACAACACAUCAGGCCUCUCCAGAUCUUACAGCGCAAGCUACAUACAUAAAGUGCCAUAUGAUAAUGUGUUUAUUUCCAUUUAUAAUAAAAUGAAUUUUUAGGUUGCCUUUAAAAAAAACAAAACUCAACUAAACCAGUCUCAGUAUAAUGUUUAAGACCUUAGCUCUGGCUGACACUCAAUAGCCAUUCCAGCUGUGAUUAUCACUUGAGGCAAUCAAAAACCAGAACUCUUCAACACAGAGCCAGGUCCCACCGCAGUUUCUCCUGGGUUCUUCAAUAAAUACAAUUUCAAAAAGCUAGUACUCACAAUAUACAAACUCAAAAAUUGGCUAAAUAUUUCAACAGUCUAUUGGCCUCAUCCUAACUACAAGAGUGUGACUCUGAAAGGCUCCAGGAUUUUCAAUGCUUCAUGUUUUCUGUAUGAAAGUUUUGAAAGUUACAUGUGAACUAAAAUGCAGCCAAGGUGUAAAAAGAAAUCUGUUUUUUAAUCAUAAUCUUCACUUCAAAAGAAAACUUACAAUAUUUUUCUCAACAUAUUUAUACAUACAGGGUUUUCAUUUUUGUCUUAGUUCAAACCAUUUAGCAAAGGGAUAAAACUGUAGUUUAGUGAAGUAAAUACAUUUUCUCCCCAAAUCAAUAUAUAAAACAUUAAACUUGGCCUUUUUGAAUCAGGACUUUUCCCUUUAUGAUUUCAUACCCUUUGUCUUA